UCCUUCCUUCCUCCUCUUCCAAGUUAUGGGAUUUUUCAGCCUUGCUUGGCUUUGGCCAAAAGCACAAAAAAGGCGUUUUCGGAAGCGGCUCGGCCGUGCACAAGGGCCAUUUGUUUGUUUUGGGACUGGGGCAGGAAAUCUUGCCCGGCCUGAGUCACGGCGGCUCCUUCAAGGAAACGUCAGUGUUCUCUUGUCGCCCUCGCCGGCUGCGCGCCCGGCCGCCGCUUUCCAUGGGGGAGAUGCAGGGCACGAUGGCCAGGGCCCGGCUGGAGUCCUUGCUCCGGCCCCGCCACAAAAAGAGGGCCGAGGCGCAGAAAAGGAGCGAGUCCUUCCUGCUGACCGGACUGGCUUUCAUGAAACAGAGGAGGAUGGGCCUGAACGACUUUAUUCAGAAGAUUGCCAAUAACUCCUAUGCCUGCAAACAUCCUGAAGUUCAGUCCAUUUUGAAAAUCUCCCAACCUCAGGAGCCUGAGCUUUUGAAUGCCAACCCUUCUCCUCCGCCAAGUCCUUCUCAGCAAAUCAACCUUGGCCCAUCAUCCAAUCCUCACGCUAAACCAUCUGACUUCCACUUCUUGAAAGUGAUCGGGAAGGGCAGUUUUGGAAAGGUUCUUCUAGCAAGACACAAAGCAGAAGAAGCAUUCUAUGCAGUCAAAGUUUUACAGAAGAAAGCGAUCCUGAAAAAGAAGGAGGAAAAGCAUAUUAUGUCAGAGCGGAAUGUUCUACUGAAGAAUGUGAAACACCCUUUCCUGGUGGGCCUUCACUUCUCUUUCCAGACUGCUGACAAACUGUACUUUGUCCUCGACUACAUUAACGGCGGAGAGUUGUUCUACCAUCUCCAGAGGGAGCGCUGCUUCCUGGAACCGAGGGCCCGUUUCUAUGCUGCUGAAAUAGCCAGUGCCUUGGGUUACCUGCACUCUCUGAACAUCGUUUAUAGAGACUUAAAACCAGAGAAUAUUCUGCUAGAUUCCCAGGGACACAUUGUCCUUACUGACUUUGGGCUCUGUAAGGAGAACAUCGAACCCAACGGCACGACAUCCACUUUCUGUGGCACACCUGAGUAUCUCGCACCCGAGGUUCUUCAUAAGCAGCCUUAUGACAGGACUGUGGACUGGUGGUGCCUGGGAGCCGUCCUGUAUGAGAUGCUAUAUGGCCUGCCUCCUUUUUAUAGCCGAAACACAGCUGAGAUGUACGACAACAUUCUGAACAAGCCCCUCCAGCUGAAGCCAAAUAUCACGAACUCUGCACGCCACCUCCUGGAGGGCCUCCUGCAGAAGGACAGGACGAAGAGGCUGGGUGCCCAGGAUGACUUUAUGGAGAUUAGGAAUCAUGUCUUCUUCUCCGUAAUUAACUGGGAUGAUCUCAUUAAUAAGAAGAUCACUCCUCCUUUUAACCCAAAUGUGAGCGGACCCAGCGACCUGCGGCACUUCGAUCCCGAGUUUACUGAAGAGCCAGUGCCCAACUCCAUCGGCAGGUCUCCCGACAGCAUCCUCCUCACAGCUAGCGUCAAGGAGGCCGCUGAGGCCUUCCUGGGCUUCUCCUAUGCACCUCCCGUGGACUCUUUCCUCUGAACAGUCUUAGGGUUGGUUUUGAAGGAUUUUUUGUGUGUUGGAAAAUGUUUUAGUUAGCCUUUUGGCGGAGCUGCCAGCUGACAGGACAUCUUAAAAGAGAAUUUGCACAUCUCUGGGAGCUUGCACACCUUGGCAAUCUCAUUGCACACUGUUUGCUGGAAGCUUUUCAAAGAGCACAUCCUCCUCUCAGUGAGCUCACGAAGUUUUCAUUCUCACUCCUCCUUCCAACGUGGUGCUAUCUCUCAAAGCGCACUAGAGCGCGCCAUAGACAGACACAGGGGUCUGACUAGCAGCAGGACGCUGCUCUGAGAAGGAUUUCCCGAAGGUCUGUCUGGGCGGUGGUGAUGAACUUUAUGAAAUGUGCCUUUUCUGAUGCGAUCAUGUUAGCUCCAAAGCUUUUCCCCUUGCAGUGUUUCAGCCCUCUGCCUUUCCCUGUGGACCGCUGUGUGAACAGCGGGCGGAGGGCGGGGUGCCUGAUCGCAGAUGGACCGAGUAGUGAGCGUCAGCGUGACACAUGCAGGACACUACAAUGUGGGACAUUGUUUGUUUCUUCCAUAUUGGGAAGAUGAAUUUAUGUGUAGACUGUUUUUUUGUAAGAUAUAGUUAAUAACUAAAAUUUAUUGAAAUGGUCUUGCAAUGACUUGUAUCCAGAUGCUUAAAGAAAGCAUUGCUGCUACAAAUAUUUCUAUUUUUAGAAAGGGUUUUUAUGGACCAAUGCCCCAGUUGUCGGUCGAGCCCAGUGUUUUCAUUGUUUAAAACGUCACCUGUAAAAUGGGCAUUAUUUAUGGGUUAUUUUUUUUUGCAUUCCUGGUAAUUGUAUGUAUUGUAUAAAGAAAGUCUGUACAUUGGGUUAUAACACUAGUAUAUUUAAACUUACAGGCCUAUUUGUAAUGUAAACCACCCUUGUAAUGUACUGUAAUUAACAUGGUUAUAAUAUGUACAAUACUUUCUCCCUCCCCAGCACACAACUUUUUUGUGUGUGAUAAACCGAUUUUGGUUUGCAAUAAAACCUUGAAAAAUAUUUACAUAAA